CACGCUUCCUCACUUCCACACCACACCCCAUUCCCAAACAAAAUAAACACAAAUCACAGAGAGAGACGUAGAGGGAGCCACCACUCAUGGCUUCCAAGCUCUGCGACUCAUGCAAGUCCGCCACCGCCACCUUGUACUGCCGCCCCGACGCUGCCUUCCUAUGCGGUGCCUGCGAUUCCAAGGUCCACGCCGCCAACAAGCUCGCCUCGCGCCACCCACGCGUUGCGCUCUGCGAGGUAUGCGAGCAGGCGCCCGCGCACGUCACCUGCAAGGCCGACGCCGCCGCGCUCUGCCUCGCCUGCGACCGUGACAUCCACUCCGCCAACCCCCUCGCCAGCCGCCACGAGCGUCUCCCUGUCGCGCCCUUCUACGAGUCCGUACACUCCGUCAAGGCCUCCUCGCCUAUCAACUUUCUCGACGACCACCGCUUCUUCUCCGACGCCGACGCUGAUGUCAGCACCGAGGAGGCCGAGGCCGCGUCCUGGUUGCUACCUAAUCCUAAAACAGAUCUAAAUUCCUCUCAGUACUUGUUCUCCGAAUCCGAGCCCGUUCCUUACAUAGAUCUGGACUAUGCCGUCGCGGAUCCGAAAGCGGAUCCGAAAGGCUCCGCUACCGCCGACGGCGUGGUUCCGGUGCAGAGCAACUACGAGCCGUUCGCCUACGGUUACAAAUACAAUUCCACCACUCUCUCGCAGUCACAGUCUCAGAUGAGCCAAAGUGUAUCGUCGUCGUCGAUGGAGGUUGGAGUUGUGCCGGACGGAAACACGAUGUCGGAGAUAUCGAACUGCAGCUACAGCAAGGUGGCCGCGGUGACAGUGACGGCUCAGUUUUCGGCGGCGGACAGGGAGGCAAGAGUGUUGAGGUACCGGGAGAAAAGGAAGAACCGAAAGUUCGAGAAGACAAUUCGUUACGCUUCGAGAAAAGCGUAUGCAGAAACGAGACCAAGGAUCAAAGGCAGGUUCGCUAAACGUUCUGAUGCGGACCCUCUGGCUGGAUACGGCGUCGUUCCGUCGUGCUGAUUUCGCUUUAUAUAUCUACUAUGUAUGAUGCUACUGCUGCUUACUUUUUGUCUUCUUAUGUUUGUUUUGCUGUGUAUAUACUACGAUCUUUUUUGUUUGAAUUAAGCAAUGUAAAGUUGCAAACAGUUGCUGUGGAUCGAUUUUGUAGUUUGUUCGUUGUUUUUGGGUGAAUUUUGGGACCUUUUGCUUAUGUGAGAAGGUGAAAAAAGAAGCGAAGGAAACGAUGAUGGCAAUUGCACUUC